AUGGAGUCCUCAAGGGGUCCCCCAAGGGUCAAGAACAAGGCCGCCGCGCCAGUUCAGAUCAGCGCAGAACAGCUCCUCCGCGAAGCCGUCGAUCGCCAAGAAGUCGGCAUUCAAGCCCCGACACAGAAGUUUUCCGACUUGGAGGAGCUGCACGAGUAUCAAGGGAGAAAGCGCAAAGAUUUCGAAGACUAUGUGCGCCGGAACCGCAUCAACCUGAAGAACUGGACGCAGUAUGCGCAGUGGGAGCUGGAACAAAAGGAGUUUGCCCGCGCGAGGUCCGUCUUCGAGCGAGCCCUCGAUGUCCUCCCUCACAAUGUCGUACUUUGGAUCAGAUAUAUCGAGGCGGAGAUGAAGUCGAGAAAUAUCAACCAUGCACGAAACCUGCUGGACCGUGCUGUCACGAUUUUGCCCCGAGUCGACAAGCUGUGGUACAAGUACGUGUACAUGGAGGAGAUGCUGGGCAACAUUCCCGGCACCAGACAAGUAUUUGACCGAUGGAUGCAAUGGCAGCCCGACGAAGCGGCUUGGAGUGCCUACAUCAAGCUGGAGAAGCGGUACGGUGAGUUUGAGCGAGCGCGUGCCAUCUUUGAGAACUUUACCACGGUUCACCCAGAACCGCGCAAUUGGAUCAAGUGGGCCAAGUUUGAGGAAGAGUAUGGGACGAGCGAGCUAGUUCGAGAGGUUUUCGGAAAUGCCGUCGAGACAUUGGGCGACGACUUUGUAGACGAGAGACUGUUUAUCGCAUACGCGCGAUUCGAAUCAAAGCUGAAGGAGUACGAGCGUGCCCGUGCCAUUUACAAAUACGCCCUGGACAGGCUGUCGCGGUCAAAAUCGAAGCUACUGCACAAAGCAUAUACCACGUUUGAGAAGCAAUUCGGCGACAAGGACGGCGUCGAAGACGUGGUGCUAUCAAAGCGAAGAGUCUACUACGAGGAGCAAGUCAAGGAGAACUCCAAAAAUUACGACGCAUGGUUCGACUAUGCCGGGUUGGAAGAAUCGUCCCGAGAUGCUGAUCGAAUCCGCGACGUCUACGAAAGGGCAGUGGCCCAAGUACCCCCAACGCAGGAGAAGCGGCACUGGCGACGAUACAUAUACCUCUGGAUAUUCUACGCCGUUUGGGAGGAGCUCGAAGGCCAAGACAUGGAGCGAGCGCGCCAGAUAUACAGCACAUGCCUAAGCCUGAUACCUCACAAAAAGUUUACAUUUGCCAAGGUGUGGCUUCUGGCAGCGCAGUUCGAGGUGCGCCAGGGCCAACUCACGGCCGCGCGAAAGCUGCUCGGCCGCGCCAUCGGCAUGUGCCCCAAGGACAAAAUCUUCAAUGGCUACAUCGAUAUCGAGCGCAAGCUAUUCGAGUUUGUCCGCUGCCGCACACUGUACGAGAAGCACAUUGAGUUCAAUCCGGCCAACUGCCAGACGUGGAUCAAAUUCGCCGAGCUGGAGCGCGGCCUAGACGACCUGGACCGCACACGGGCUAUCUUCGAGCUCGCCGUUGGCCAGCAGCAGCUCGACAUGCCCGAGCUUCUCUGGAAGGCAUACAUUGAUUUUGAAGAGGAGGAAGGCGAGUACGAGCGGACGCGCGAGCUCUACGAACGGCUGCUGGAAAAGACGGAUCACGUCAAGGUCUGGAUCAGCUACGCCCACUUCGAGAUCAACAUCCCCGAGGACGAGGAGGGCGCCGAGGAGCAGCCGCUCAGCGAGGAGGCCAAGGCCCGCGCGCGCAACGUCUUUGAGCGCGCGCACAAGAGCAUGCGCGACAAGGACCUCAAGGAGGAGCGCGUGUCGCUGCUCAAUGCGUGGCUGUCGUUUGAGCGGGAGCACGGGUCCGACGAGGACGUGGACAAGGUGCAGAGGCAGAUGCCGCGGAGGACCAAGAAGAGGAGGCUGUUGGAGGACGAUACCUACGAGGAGUACUUUGAUUACGUGUUCCCUGCGGAUGACCAGCAGGCCAAGAAUCUGUCCAACAUCAUGGCCAUGGCGCAGAAGUGGAAGCAGACGGGGGGUGACUUGUCGGGCGUCUAA